AGGCGUUUCGGUAUUACGGCCAGAUAGCUAGACAGCUGUGAGCCCCCCCUCAUUCUUUGAAUCCCCGCCCACGAGCCGAAUACGUUGCUGACGAAGUCCGACCCCAAGAACCAGAACAGAAACAAGAUGUUCUCCAGCUUCAUUGAAACUGCCCGGAACUCGCCGUUCCGCACCCCCCUGACGUCGGCAAGAUGCGAUGCCGCCGCCCCUGUGGUGGUGGAUCCCCAGCCGGUUGAAGGUCGCCAGAUUGCCGCCGCCUCUGCCCCGGUUCCAGUUGGAAAUCAGGACUCUUGCGAAUUCGGCAGCUCCAAGUACUUCGCCCUGUGCGGAAUCGGUGGCAUCCUCAGCUGCGGCACCACCCACACCUUUGUGGUCCCCCUGGAUCUGGUCAAGUGCCGUCUGCAGGUCGACCAGGCCAAGUACAAGAACCUGUUCCACGGAUUCAAGGUCACCGUGGCGGAGGAGGGCGCCCGUGGGUUGGCCAAGGGCUGGUUCCCCACCCUGCUGGGCUACUCGGCACAGGGUCUGUGCAAGUUCGGUCUGUACGAGGUGUUCAAGGUAAAGUACGCCGAUAUCAUUGGUGAGGAGAACGCCUACCUCUACCGCACCUCCUUGUAUCUGGCUGCUUCCGCUUCGGCCGAGUUCUUCGCCGAUAUCGCUCUGUCGCCGUUCGAGGCCGCCAAGGUCAAGAUCCAGACCAUCCCCGGAUUCGCCAACAACUUCCGCGAGGCUGUGCCUAAGAUGCUGAAGGAGGAGGGCGUCAAUGCCUUCUACAAGGGUCUGGUUCCCCUGUGGAUGCGACAGAUCCCCUACACCAUGAUGAAGUUCGCUUGCUUCGAGCGCACCGUUGAGCUGCUCUACAAGUAUGUGGUGCCCAAGCCCCGUGCCGAAUGCACCAAGGGUGAGCAGCUGAUCGUGACCUUCGCCGCUGGUUACAUCGCCGGUGUGUUCUGCGCCGUGGUGUCCCAUCCCGCUGAUGUGGUGGUCUCCAAGCUGAACCAGGCCAAGGGAGCCAGCGCCAUUCAGGUGGCCAAGUCGCUGGGCUUCACCGGAAUGUGGAACGGAUUGACGCCCCGUAUUAUCAUGAUCGGUACUCUGACCGCCCUGCAGUGGUUCAUCUACGACGGUGUGAAGGUCGCCCUGGGCAUUCCCCGACCCCCACCCCCAGAGAUGCCCGCCAGCCUGAAGGCCAAGCAGCAAUAAGUGGGCUAGUCCAAUAUCGGUUACUUUUAGGCCAGAGUUGAUUAGUUGGCGCGAUUGUGGGCAGACCCAGGAGCAACAUACUUUUACUUUCUAACGCAUUUUCGAUAUCUGUAUAGCCGAAAGCCUUUUGCUUAUUUCUUCACAACAAUACAUCAAUGUUGCGUGUGUGCCAUUGCACGUGUACAUUCCAGAAGCAAUACUUACGCAUUUCUCUGACUCAGCAAUUUAUUCUCAUUUCGAUAUAGACCAAUCUUUCUAACUUUAAUCGCUAAACAUUCUGUCUUACGUAACUAAGCUACACUCAAGUUCAAAGUAUUUAAUUCCAUAUAUCUAAUACUAUGUGCUAUAUUUAACCCUAUGUGUGUUAGUUUCCGCUAGAAAGUAUGUCUGUAUGUUGUACCCUUGAUGUCCAGCCCCCUUGUUCUCCCCUACCCGCUGCCCCACGCCCCUCAAGGCCACACAUGCGAAUAUGAUAUUAAUGCUGUUUCAAUUGUCUGACCCGCUAUCCAAGAAGGCACUCUGAAUAAAUUAAAUUAUAAAAUAAAAACACUA